CACGACUUUGUUUCAUGCAAAACAAAAACCACAAAACGUCAAGAAAGUAUACAAAACUUGAUCUCCUUCUCUCUCAGUCAUUUCAUCAAACACAGUUCAGAAUUCACUUGUUCAUUCACUCCUUUGCAAAUUGAGGGAAAGAGAAAAAGAUAUAUAGGAGAGAAAAAUGAAGGUGGGAAUGUUGGGGCUACUACGUGUGGUGGUGUUGGUGCUGGUUUUACGUGUGUCCUCAUCAUCAUCAUCAUCAUCAUCAUCAACAACUUCAUAUUUUGGGCAAAAGAAUAGAAGGAGCUCUAUACUACCAGAACCAGUACCAGUACAAGCAACGACAUCAUCACUGAGGCUCAACCGAGUUGGGUCCUCCAUUGUGUUUCCUCUUCAUGGGAACGUGUAUCCUAUUGGGUUCUAUAACGUUACCCUUAACAUAGGCCAGCCUUCAAAGCCAUACUUUCUUGAUCCUGACACCGGUAGUGACCUCACAUGGCUCCAGUGUGAUGCUCCCUGUGUCCAAUGCACCGAGACACCUCAUCCACUUUACAAGCCCAGCAACAGCCUGGUACCCUGUAAUGACCCUCUUUGUAAAUCCUUGCACCCACCCGAACACAGAUGUGAAACACCAGGGCAAUGUGACUAUGAAAUUCAGUAUGCAGAUGGCGGUUCAUCCAUGGGUGUCCUUGUCAAGGAUGCUUUUUCCUUCAACUUUACAAAUGGAGAACAAUUGAAACCUCCUCUAGCCCUUGGCUGUGGAUACGAUCAAAUUCCUGGUCCCUAUCCUCAUCCCUUUGAUGGAGUACUUGGCCUUGGCAAGGGAAAGUCCAGCAUUGUAUCACAGCUUAGUAAGCAGGGUUUGGUGCAAAAUGUCGUUGGUCACUGUAUAAGUGUCCGAGGUGGAGGAUAUCUCUUUUUUGGGGAUGGCCUUUAUGAUUCUUCACGUGUGCUGUGGACAUCAAUGUCACGCGAUCAUCCUGAACAUUACUCACCUGGGUUUGCGGAACUCAUAUUUGGAGGGAAGACAACUGGAAUUAAAAACUUACUCACAGUGUUUGACAGUGGGAGCUCCUACACCUACCUAAAUUCUCCGGCUUAUCAAGCUUUAGUUUCUUUGGUGAAGAAAGAGUUAACUGGAAGGUCCUUAACAGAAGCAUUGGAUGACAAAACUCUCCCACUUUGUUGGAAAGGUCGAAGACCAUUCAAAAGCCUAAACGAUGUUAGGAAAUACUUCAAGCCCAUAGCAUUGAGCUUCGCCAAUGGUGGGAAAGCUAAAACUCAGUUUGAACUGCCCCCUGAAGCUUAUUUAAUUAUUUCGCGCAUGGGAAAUGUUUGCUUGGGAAUUAUAGAUGGAAAAGGAACAGGGCCUUUGAACAUCAUUGGAGACAUAUCAAUGCAAGAUAAGAUGGUGAUCUACAACAAUGAAAAGCAGUUGAUUGGAUGGGCGCCUGCAAAUUGCGAUCGGCUUCCAAAGUCUAAAACUUCUAGCAUUUGGUGAUAAUAUCAACUUCUCAUCCAUGUCAAUCAGUCGUUAUCGUCAAAGAUCAAGCUCCUUAGCUAUGAUAUAAAGGAGAAUAGUUGUUUUAUCCUCUUUGUAUAUUACACAUGUAAAUAUGCCUAAGCAAAGUGUCCUCUGUACUCCCAUUUGAUAUGUACUGGGUAGAAGCGGUAAAAGGUUGUACAUGGUUGACAUUUACAAAUAUUGUUGAUGGCUUAAAUGGAAUUGAUCUUGUAAUACUGAUCUGAGUCCUUUCCUGCAAAAUUUAUAGUUUCAGGAACGAGAAAUGUGAAAUUGUACAAAUUGGUGUUGCAAUCAUUUCUUAA